CCCGCCAGAGCGCUCAGCGAUUCGGCGCCGCGCCAGGGGCUGGGAGAGGGGCGAGCCCGCCGCGACUCCCCGCCGCUCCUGCGCAGGCAUCGCUGUCGUCGGCCAGCGUAGAAAAGGGCCCUCGGUCCGCGCUGUGAUGCCAUAGGGGCGCGACGGCGGGAGGCGGGACCGGCGGAGGGGGUGUCCUGUCGGUGUGUUCGCGCCGCUCCCGGGCCGCCUUCCCAACCUACCCCACCUGCCCUGCCCUCCCCGCCUUCCCCAGGGGCCGCUCGGGGCCGCGCCGGCUCUGCCCGCCGGGGUCGCAGGGCGAUGCGCUGCGGGGGCGCCCCGCGGGCGGGCGCGGGCAGGCCGGGCCUCGGCGCCGCGUGUUGAGCCGAGCGGCCGCGGCUGCCGCCCCUUCCUGCCGCUCCAUCCGUCCCUGAGCCCCGCGCCCUCCCGCUCCCACCACCGGCCCGAGCGGCCCCGGGACGCGCCGUGACGGGCGUUCUGAGCUGCGCCCGGCGGGAGCCUUUGUCUCUGUGUCCGGAUGAGGAGAUCCCGGGCCGCCUUCAGUGCCCAGAUUUUUUUUUUUUUUUUGGUUACGUUCUCUUUUUUUUUUUUUUCUGUAUGCUUGAAGACUCUUAAGUCUUUAACCCAGAUUUUUUCCGUUUUUUAAUUUUUUUUUUAAAUUUAUUUAGUUUUUAUUUCCUCCACGCGUUGAAUGAACUAAUCAAGAUGGAUAAGAAAUCAUUUGAAACCGUGCUGGAUGAAAUUAGGAAGGCUGUAUUGACUGAGUACAAAUUAAAAGCUAUUGAAUAUGUUCAUGGAUACUUUUCUAGUGAACAGGUUGUUGAGUUACUGAGAUACUUUUCCUGGGCUGAACCACAGCUCAAGGCAAUAAAGGCUUUACAACAUAAAAUAGUGGCAGUUCCAGCAUCAAAAAUGGUUAAUAUUCUCAACUGCUUCACAUUCAGCAAAGAUAAACUUAUUGCCCUUGAAAUCUUAGCCUCCAACAUUGUUGAUGCUCAGAAUUAUCGCCUUAUUGAAGAUCUGUUCAGAAUUAAUAUGUCAGAGAAGAAAAGAUGCAGAAGAAUUCUUGAACAGGCUUCCAAGACAGGUUGUAAGGCUCCUCAUGCUAUGAUAUCAUCCUGUGGCAUGAUUCCUGGCAAUCCUUAUCCCAAGGGCAAACCAAGUCGCAUAAAUGGAAUUUUUCCAGGAACCCCUAUCAAAAAGGACACAGAAGAAUGUACUAAUGAAGGAAAGGGAAUAGCAGCCCGUAUACUUGGACCAUCCAAACCAGCUCCAUCGACGUACAAUCCACACAAACCAGUUCCAUACCCCAUCCCACCAUGUCGGCCACAUGCAACUAUUGCACCAAGUGCUUACAACAAUGCUGGCUUAGUUCCGAUGGCUAAUGUCAUAGCUCCAGGCUUACCAGCUCCUCCACCAUACACUGCUAAUCAAGUGGUAUCAGAAAAUGAGGACCUUUCCAGCCAAGCAAAACCUUCCCAAAAUCAAGCUUUUUCUGCACAAGCGAAUCAGCUCUUUACUCCUCAUGGUUCUAAUCCUUCAACACCUGCUGCUACUCCAGUCCCUACCCCAUCACCUGUCAAGGCCAUAAGCCAUCCAUUAACACCUGCAACUCCACACAUCUCUGGGAUGAACAUCUCUACCCCUGUCCUUCCUGUUUUCCCAGGACAGGUCUCCUCUUCCAUCCAUACAUCUCAGCCAUCCACCCCAACCCCUACUGUCAUCAAAUCCCUCUCAUUGCCUGGUGUUCCUGUCACAUCUGUUCACAGUGCAACCUCUACCCCUGUCCCUGCAGUUUUUUCUGGGCUGGCUUCUAUACCCACUGCUAUGCCUACUCCACAAGGUUCUUCCACUCCAUGUGCCACACCUGCACCUAGUGAAGCUUUUGCAUCUGCUACUACACCAUUUGCUGGCCUCCCGUUUUCUGGAACCUCUUCUAUUGCUUCUGCUAAUAAUCCUGCUCCAUUGUCAUCAGUUUUUGCUGGCCUCCCUUUGUCCUUGCCGCCCAAUGCCCAAGGGAUUUCUAGUCCUGUUCCAUCUACAAUUGCUAAUUCUCCUGCCACUACCAUUCCUGGUUCACUUAGCUUACCUAACCCAAUUUUGUCUGUCUUAAAGGGAUUUCUGACAUCAAAUGAUGCUUCAUUAAUCAAUUCAUCUGCUUUACCUUCUGCUGUGACAAGUGAGCUCGCUUCUUUAUCUGCUCUUGCUAAUCAAAGCUCUGACCCUCCCACUUCCUCUGUCAACAAAUGUUACACUCCAUCAGCCACCCCUACACCACAGCGUUCUUCCACACCUGGGCUGGCUAUAUUUCCAGGUCUUCCAUCCCCAUCUGUAGCCAAUUCUAGUUCCACUCCAACAUUGCCUGCACAGUCACCUUUAACCACUUCGCCGUCAAUUAUUCCAGUCAACUGUGGCUCAUCAGCCUCCCUCCUGCAUGGCACAAGCCCUACUAACCCUGACCAGCAGCUCUCAUCAGCCCCAGCUGCCACAAGUAUCCCAGUUCUGGUCAAAACAGAACCCAUGAGUCCUACCCUCUCAGCCUUCAAAGGUCCUCCUCAUGCAGCCAGCCCUUCUCAUGGCACUAUAGGCCUGUCAGCACUUGGGCGUGCGUACACCUCAGCAGCUUCAGUGCCAGUCAGUUUACCCAGUUCCCUGAAUCCAGUGCUGUCAGGUCUCUCUUCUUUGAGUGCUCCUCUAAACAAUUCCAGUUCUCUGGCUUCCAUUUCCCUCGCUCCACAUGGCUCCUCUGCUCCCAUUGCCCCUGUGUUCAACGGACUUCCUCCUUUUACGUCUCUAACCAGUAACUUUGCUUUUACUGGUAACCCAGCACUUACACCACCCGUCACUCUCCCAGGGUCUUUGUUAGCUACUCCGUCUACAACCGCUUCAGCCGUGUCUGCCCCCCAUGUGAGUUCCACUGCUGCCGUACUCUCAGGACUCGCCGCCUCAGCAACAGCAACAGCUCCACCCUUCUCGCUUAACUUGUCCAGUGCUGUCCCUUCCCUGUUUUCUGUUGCCCAGGGACCUCUGGGAUCAUCAAACCCAUCCUUCCCUGGUUUUCCUGUCUCUAACACACCCUCUGUCACUCCUGCUCUCCCUUCUUUCCCUGGCCUCCAGGCAUCUUCUGCAGUAGCAGCAGUUGCACCGUUGCCAGCAGCUGCCACAGCUCCAUCUCCAGCUCCGGUCCUGCCAGGGUUUGCCUCGGCCUUUAGCUCAAACUUCAACUCUGCACUUGUUGCGCAGGCUGGCUUGACUUCUGGACUACAGACACCGGGAAAUGCGGUUUUUCCUGGUCUUUUAUCUCUCCCUGGUAUCCCUGGCUUUCCCCAAAGUGCCGCACAAUCUUCCUUACAGGAAUUGCAGCAUAGUGCAGCUGCACAGUCAGCACUACUACAGGCACAUUCUGCUUCUGCUCUGGAGAACUAUACAGCUCAGCCUGAAGGUUUUGCUAACUAUCCAUCAACACAAGGAACACCAUUUUCAUUGCAGACAAGUCUGCCCCAGAGUGGAUGGCAGUAAAUACCAGACAUUUUUAAAGACUGGAAUGUUUGCUUGACAGAACCUGAUCCUAUUCAUUUUGAAGGCUGUCUCUGCAUUAGUGGGAGCAUGGUCUGAGUUGGCAAAGAAGGGGAAAACAUGAGGGUAAAAUUAUUCCAGGAGGCUGUGUCAAAUGUCAAACUUAAUUUGUGAUUGCAUUCAACUGAUUCAGGGUCUGAUCCUGUGAAUUGCUGAGCAUCCUUGACUCUCCUUUAAUCUUAAGAGUUGAAUGUUUGGUGUCUUACAGGAUCGGGAACAUUCAAACAGACGUUUAUGUAAAUAGGGGUAACUGACUGUCAAACUGAGUGGGGAGAGCAAGUAUACUUAAUAGUGUGUAUAAGCACCUAUCCUUCUGUUAUGUUUUGUAUGGUAUAUGUGGUUAAUGUAGAAUGAGAUCUAGGCUGAAACUAGGCAAUUAAAGCUGUAGAUGAUCUUUCAUCUAGAAGCACACUUCUUGUGUGUGCAUAGAUCAAGGUCAGCUUAUUUUUUUGGAUAUUUUCUUUGUAUGUAUGAGGAUCUCCUGUUAGCAUCAACAGUAUGUUAAGGGGAGGGUAGAUUAGAGGUGUGUGGGGGUUUUCUUAUGCUUUGAAAUAUUGUCAUGGGCUUGCUGCUGAAUUGAGUACUCCUUUGUCUGAAAAAGAAAGCUAGGAAAUGAUGCUGUACUAUAUUUGGGUAGCAGUGAAUUAUGUUUAACUGGAGUAUGGUUUAGCUAGCUGAGAAUAUGUCUUUCCAGAGUACAUAAAAACAUUCUAACUCGCCUCUAAAAUAGUGUUCCAUAAUAUUCUCCUUGCCCCCAACACCCCUCUGUGAAUGAAAUAAUUGUACUGCGGAUAGGCUGCCUAUCCGGCACUUUUGACUGCAGACUUUUGUGAAUGUUUACAGACAUGGGUCAAGUUCUUCUCUCCCUUAUACUCACAAACAAACUGGUUCUCUAUGCUUUUCAGCUAUAAACUACAACUUGAUGGUGCUUACAUUAUCCUGUGAAUACAAGUGGGAGCAGAAUUUGGACCAUGGAUUUUUUUAGUGUUUUUCCUUGGAAAACGUACAUGAUUUUAAAGGCAUAUAGCUAAAUUAACUGUUACGAUGCAGCAUAUAGAAAGGUCUUGCUUUGUUAGUGAAAUUCAGUUGUGCACUCUUCUAAUAAUGUUAGUACCUGUGGCAAUGUGUAACACUUCAUUGAGUAUCAUCUAUUUAAGAUAUACUCUUGAUCAUGUUCCAGAGACAAUAGAGAUGAAUGAUAUUCAGUCACGUGAUUAAAUUAAAAUGUAGAGGAUAGAUACUACACUGUAGAAAAGUUCUGCACCUAGAGUUUUACUUUUUUAAAGAUUGAUUCUGCUGGGAGAUGUUGCUAAUGUAUUUUCUUUCAAGAUGUGAACAACUUUUUUAGAAUGUUAACAGAAAUUACUGUAUUGGUUUUUAACAUAAUUUUUUUAAAUAAAAAGUUUACAGUCAUGGCAAAAAGGCUUUGCUGACUAUUUACAUAUUUACCUAAAAUACAAAUGAAUAAACUUGUUUUUGCUAAGAUA